ACCCUCAACCCUUCUUCUUCAAGCUUCAUCAUCUCUUCUGUUUUGAUUCCUCUCCUUCUCCUUCUCCCUCUCCAUCCCCAAUUCCCUUUGUCUCCGAUUUUCCUCAUUUUCUCCGUUGAAGCUAAAGCUUCAAUUGGAGCCAAGCAGCGCCGGAAAUCCCCCGUCACAAGUCGAAAUUCUCAAUCCACCUUCCUUUGUUUUUCAUGUUUCUGGGAUUCCUUACUUAAUCGGAAUUGGGAGUUUGAGAUACGCUCUAUAAAUGGUGUUUCAAUCAAUCUCUGGAGAAGAGGCGCCGGAAAAAACAAUAACUAACCGGAACGAGAGAACACCACCACCAAUGACUUCUUCCACAAUGAAGUCACAGCCGCUCCAUAACUUCUCGUUACCUGAUUUGAAAUGGGCGAUGAACCACCCGAACACCAAUCGGUUCAGAAAGCUUACCAUUCAUGACACCGAUUCCGAUUCUGAGAGUCGGAGGAGGAAUCAAGCGGAGGUUGCGAAGUAUGCAGCCGCUUCCUCUUCGUCAGGGCACAGGAUGGAUAAUUUCGAGAAGAAGAAAGUGACCUAUGGCUCUGACUCUGUGGUGGAGAGCUCGGAGAAGAAAUCAACACCACCUGAUGGUAGAUCGAAGAUCUUGAUACGUUUGCGGACUAAGAGCCAGAAGCCUGCUGAGGAGGUUGCAGAUACUGGAGAUCAGAACUUCAAUGCUGAAGACACCGAUGAGUUCGUGGCUAAGACGUGGAAUCUGAGGCCGAGGAAGCCGAUUCCUAAGGCUCCGAAUGCUGGCGGUGGUGGAAUAAGGAUUGGUGGACCAGCCGUUCAGAGGCCAGAACCGACUCGUUCUAGGAAUCCAACCGAGGGGAAAGCUGCCGAGAAGAAGGAGAAGAAGCCGAAGUUCUCUAUUUCGCUGACAAGAGAGGAGAUUGAUGACGAUAUAUUCGCCAUGACUGGGUCCAGACCCUCUAGGAGGCCGAAGAAGAGAGCCAAGAAUGUCCAGAAACAGCUUGAUUGCUUAUUCCCUGGCUUGUGGUUGCCUUCCAUAACGCCUGAUUCAUACAAAGUUUCUGAUGCUCCUACAAAGAAGGGUAAGAAUUCUCUGCUUGCAGGGUUAGAUUAGACUGAUAACAUGCUGCAAAAGAGGGGAUUGGUGCUGAAUCUCUUGACAUGCAGUUGAAAUAAGAGCAUGUAGAGAUAAAAGGGUAACGAAUGUAUGUUUUUUGCGCCUUUUUCUCUAUUAUGUGAGGGGCUUAGUGGAAUGGUGAACAGUUAGAUUAUGAAUAAAUUAGAUUAUGAAUA